AUCCUAUCUUCUCGCACCCCUUUCCCUUCCCUCCCUCCCUCCCUCCGUCUCUCAAGAUGGCCUCAACAACUCUCAGUCUCACUACGCUCACCCUUCGUUCACCGUCUUAUCCUACAUCCUCCUCUGCUUAUCCUGCGUGCCCCACUGUCACUUUCCCCAAACAAACCCUAGAAUUCCCACUCCGAACCACCAAACUCUCCGGCCGAGCCACCUUCCUCCGCCCUGUCGCCGCCGUCGACGCGCCGGAGAAGGUUGUUGAGCUCGGGGAUCAAAUCUCUAACCUAACCCUCUCAGACGCCCAAAAACUUGUCGAAUACCUUCAAGACAAGCUCGGUGUCUCCGCUGCCUCCUUCGCUCCCGUCGCCGCAGCAGCCGCGCCUGGUGCGGUCGCGGACGCUCCGGCGGCCCCCGAGGAGAAGACGGAGUUCGACGUCAUGAUAGAGGACGUGCCGAGCAAUGCGAGGAUUGCGACGAUUAAGGCGGUUAGGGCAUUGACGAGCUUGGCUUUGAAGGAGGCCAAAGAGUUGAUUGAGGGUUUGCCGAAGAAAUUUAAGGAGGGAGUGUCCAAGGAGGAGGCCGAAGACGCCAAGAAGCAACUGGAAGCAGCCGGAGCAAAAUGUGCCAUUGUUUAGAAACUGCUAAUGAUUGAAUUGUGGUAAAUUAUUUUUCUGAUUUUUGUUUUUGUUUUUGUUUUUUUUUUUGUUUUUUUGUUUUUGGGAGAAAAUGAAUGUAUCUGUUGUGUUGGUAGUUCAACUGUUAGUUCAGUAUAGCUUGUACUUAUGCUUUGAAUUAUAAUGAUUUGAAACCAAAAAGUCUUUUUGAAUCUCAA